GGCCCGCGGCAGGGGGCGGGGUUGCGCCUCCUCCGCGGCUCUGGUUCCAGCGGAGCCUCACCGACGCGGAGAUGGAAAUCCCGAGGCUGCUCCCGGCUCGCGGGACGCGACAGGGCGGCGGCGCUGGCAGCUCCGCGGGCGGCGGCCGGGUCCACGAAGGUCUUGACCCGCGGGCUGGCCAGGCCCCCGCGCACCGCCUCCUGCUGCUCCGGGGCCCGCAAGAUGGCGGGCCCGGGCGGCGGCGCCAGGAGGCCCGCGCGGCCUCACGGGGCCCUGGCCCGGGCCCGUUGGCGCCGAGGCCCGAUCACGCUGGCGGCGGCGGCGGCGGCGGCGGCGGCGGCGGCGGCGGCGGCGACUUCUUCCUGGUGCUGCUGGACCCGGUGGGUGGCGACGUGGAGACCGCGGGUGCCGGCCAGGCCUCAGGGCCUGUAUGGAGGGAGGAGGCCGAGCAGGGCUCACGGCUCCAGGGGGGCGAGAGCAGCGCGAACCCCACGGGCCACCCUGCGCUGGGCUCCCGUUGCCUGUCUGCAGUCCCCGCCCCUGCCCGGGCCCCGGCCCAGGCCCCUGCCCCGAUCCCUGCCCCAGGCCUGGGCCCCGCCGCGGCCUUCGCGGGCACCGUCACUAUCCACAACCAAAACCUGCUGUUGCGCUUCGAGAACGGCGUCCUCACCCUGGCCACGCCCCCGCCGCCAGCCUGGGAGCCUGGGGUCGCGCCUGCCCCGCAGCCGGGGGGUCUGAUCGCCCCGCAAGCAGAGGUCCCGCACGCCGCGCAGCCCGGCGACUGCCCCGAGCUGCCGCCCGACCUCCUGCUGGCCGAGCCGGCCGAACCUGCGCCCGUCCCGCCGCCCGAGGAGGAGGCAGAGGGGCCGGCCGCCGCUGAGAGUCCCCGCGGGCCGCUGGGCCCGGGCCCGGGCGUGGUGCUGUACCUGUGUCCCGAGGCACAGUGCGGACAAACCUUCGCCAAGAAGCACCAGCUGAAGGUGCACCUGCUGACGCACAGCAGCAGCCAGGGCCAGCGGCCCUUCAAGUGCCCCCUGGGCGGCUGCGGCUGGACCUUCACCACGUCGUACAAACUCAAGAGGCACCUGCAGUCGCACGACAAACUCCGGCCAUUUGGCUGCCCGGUGGAGGGCUGUGGCAAGAGCUUCACCACCGUGUAUAACCUCAAGGCGCACAUGAAGGGCCAUGAACAGGAGAACGCGUUCAAAUGCGAGGUGUGCGAGGAGAGCUUCCCCACGCAGGCCAAGCUCAGCGCACACCAGCGCAGCCACUUCGAGCCGGAGAGGCCCUACCAGUGCGCGUUUUCUGGCUGCAAGAAGACAUUUAUCACAGUGAGUGCCCUGUUUUCCCAUAACCGUGCCCACUUCAGGGAACAGGAACUCUUUUCCUGCUCCUUUCCUGGCUGCAGCAAACAGUACGACAAAGCUUGUCGGCUGAAAAUUCACCUGCGGAGCCACACCGGCGAGAGACCUUUCCUUUGUGAUUUUGACGGCUGUGGCUGGAACUUCACCAGUAUGUCCAAACUCUUAAGGCACAAAAGGAAGCACGACGAUGACCGGAGGUUCAUGUGUCCUGUGGAAGGCUGUGGGAAAUCUUUCACGAGGGCCGAGCAUCUGAAAGGCCACAGCAUAACCCACCUGGGAACAAAGCCGUUUGUGUGCCCCGUGGAAGGCUGCUGUGCCAGGUUCUCUGCUCGAAGUAGCCUCUACAUUCACUCCAAGAAGCACUUGCAGGAUGUGGACACUUGGAAAAGCCGUUGCCCAGUCUCCACUUGUAAUAAACUCUUCACAUCCAAGCACAGCAUGAAGACCCACAUGGCCAAAAGGCACAACCUAGGCCAGGAUCUCUUAGCUCAGUUAGAAGCUGCAAAUUCUCUUACGCCCAGCAGUGAACUUGCCAGCCAGGGACAGAGGGAUCUCAGCGAUGCAGAGCUAGUGCCUCUCUUCUCUGACGUGCCUGGCAAUAGUUCUGCUGCGGUGCUAGACACGGCAUUGGUGAACUCUGGAAUCUUGACUAUUGAUGUGGCUUCCGUGAGCUCAACUCUGGCAGGGAACCUUCCCGCUAAUAAUAAUUCCUUAGGGCAGACUGUGGACCCUCGGGCCUUGAUGGCCACCAGUGACCUUCCUCAAAGUCUGGAUACCUCUCUCUUUUUUGGAACGACAGCCGCCGGUUUUCAGCAGAGCCCCUUAGAAAUGGAUGAUGUCUCAAGUCUAAGUGCUGGGCCGUUGGGAUCUCUGAGCUCUUUGGCUAUGAAAAACUCGAGUCAAGACCCCCAAACUUUGACCCCCAGCAGUAAGCUAACAGUGGACACAGAUGCUCUGACUCCUUCAAGCACCCUUUGUGAAAACAGUGUCUCAGAUCUGCUGACGCCAACCAAAGCAGAAUGGAACAUACAUCCUGACUCUGACUUCUUUGGACAGGAGGAAGAAACCCAGUUUGGAUUCUCCAAUGCAGCAGGAAACCAUGGUUCUCAGAAAGAAACAGAUCUUAUCACAGUGACUGGCAGCUCCUUUUUGGUAUGAACUAACUCUAUUCAUUCCCCGCCACAUGGCUUACUUUUACUAAUUACACUCAAUUGUAAGGAUAUUCUGGACUAAACGUUUAAAUGCAGUCAUGACUUAUAGGUUUGAAAAAGAACAGAGCCCUGGGCUACAAGUUUGGAGAUUUAAAUUCUGAUCUUGAGUCUGGAACUGACAAGUUGUGUGACCCUGAGCAAGUCACUUCACCUAUCUGAGCCUUAAUUUCCUUAUUUAUAAAAUGAGGUGGUUUGAGCAGAUUGUUUCUAAGGUGUUUUCAGCUCUGUAUUUUCAUGAUUUUGUGCUUUCUUGAAAAUUUUAAGUUGUUUUACAAUGAUUAACUUUUCCAUGUUCUUCUAAUGCAAUGAAAAGUAUGUUGAGAGUUAAUGAUCAGAGACCAUGGAACUGGUGUUUAACUUUAAAAAUUUAAUGAAAAUUUUACAUAAUGCCAAAAAAUUUCUAAAAUCUAGUGGUAGAACUUAAAAGAAAAGAAAGCUGAAAAUAUGGAUUGGUUCUUUUUACAUGUUUAUCUUUUAGCCUCUUUUUUGAUGGAAGGCUCUGUUGUGGUAGAAAGUACCAGGGAUUUGAUGUGACUCAGACCCAGAAAUACUGACUUUGUGGUAUUGAAUAAAUGGCCUUAAAUAAGUCAUUUAGUCUCACUAAGCCUCAGUUUCCUAGCUCUAAAAUGGUCAUUGUAAUGUACACAUACCUGGUGCAUCUUAGACUUCUUUUUCUAUCCCCGUAGUUAGUUUUGGAGGGAAAAUGUUAUGUGUUUUGGCAUGUUUUGGUGAAUCUUUAUCACCUUUCCUGCCCCUCUUAUUCCCUCCUCAAAAAGGAGAAUUUAGCAUAAUUUGAUAUCGCACUUGUGCAGGAAAUAAAGGUACAUGAGAGUUAAGAAGCGUGGAAGAGAAUGUCUUAAUUCCGCAGAUUAAGAAGGAUAUUUUUUCCACACAAUUCUUGUGUGACAUUGCCCACAUGUCCUUUAGACCAAAUUAUAGUAUCUUUGCUCUGUAUUCAAAGCCAGACCAUAAAGUGACUAUAGAACCUGUGGUUCCAAGAAAAUCUGGGAAUGGACCAAAGUGAGAUUUUCUCCCCUCUGUGCCCAUAGACACACAC